AUGGCAGUGCCCGGCGCCCCGACGGGGCGCGCAGGACCCCCCCCCCACCCCCUUCCCCUCACCGCUGCGUCCCGUGUGGCCCCCCCGGCGCGGGGCCAGCGACAUCCGGGCCCUCGGCUCGCCGCCGCCGCCGAGCCGCCCGAGCCGCGGGCCAGCGCCGCCGGACGGGGCGGGCGGUGCCGCCGUGCUCGGCGCGGUGCUGUGUCCGUCGCCAUCCGCCGCCGCUGCUCCCCUCGAGGUGCGCGGGGCUGCCCCGCCCCGUCCCGUCCCGUCCCGUCCCACGGCGGGGGCGAUGCUCCCCUGGCUGCGCUGCCCGCGGAUCCCUCCCUGCUGAUUCGUUUUAGACGGUUUGCCCGGCGCGGGAUCAUCCCCCGGAGAGCCCCCAUCCCGGCGGCAGCACCGAGCCUCGGCGAUGCGGCUCCAAGACUGACCCUGCUGAGAGCCCCUGAGCUACUGAACUCUAUGAGCGGAGACCACUUGACUGCACUCAGCACCUUUCAGGAUCAGGCUCUAGGUAAUUAUUCUAAUUCUUUGCCUGGAUGA